AUGACUCUGCUUGGCUUGAAGGGCAUCGAGGACGAGCUGGAAUCGUCGGACGUCCGCACUCUUUCAAGCUACAUCGAUCGGCUUGGCACCCAGCUCCUCUUCUCAACACCGCGAGACAUUCAUCUGGUGAUGGCCUUUGAGCUGCUCCUAGCCCACGAGCCUGGACUCAUCGGAACCGGCGCCUCUCAGUUUGAACCAGAAGGGCGCGGCUUUGGUCUUGCCUCCGAGAACCUCUUCACCUGCGCCGUCAAGAUCGCCAGGGAGCUCCGGUUGGACGAAGCAUUGACGCAGACGGGAGGCACUUCAACGACACGACUGGCCAACAUUAGCCUAUGGUGCUGCCUGCGAACAUGGGAAGGCGUCUAUGCGUUCCUAGGUGAAAAGAUCACGGCGCCGCAAGACCUCAACCGGCAAUUUGCCUCGACCAUACGUAAGGAACUGUACUGCAUCGAUGACGACGGGAGAUCACUGCCGUCUGCACCUCGCCUUCAGGAUGCCGGCGGACCCACUGCUCAGUCGUUCCACGAGAUGCGUGAGUUCUGCUCGAGUCUCGAGACCCAGCUCGGUAGGGACGGCAUCUUGCGCUCGGCGGGGCGUUCGGUGCUUUGUUUGCGUCUCGAAUCGACUUGCACUCUGUUCAGCUGCCUGCAAGAGCUACAAGAUACGCUCUCAAAUCUAAGCCUGUCGCCGGAGGAGAAGUGGGAACGCAUCUCUGUCAUCUCCCGAACGGCACAUGACGAUAUCAUGAUGGUGAGGCACAAGUCGAAGGAAGAUUUGGGCAUCUUUGCGGGACAACGACUUGUACGUGCUUGGGAGCAGCUCGUCCAUGCCGAAUGCUGCUUCGCCAGUCUGCUCUAUGCAAGCUAUGCGACUUCGGCACUCCUCUCGGGCAAGAUGGACGCAGCUCUCGAGACCGCCCCGCUAGUACGCUUGAUCUGUCAACAAGUAGAUCCUCAUAAGCACAUUGGCGAGGUGGGAUUGAGAGGCCACGAGGUGUGUCGUACUCUACUGGCCACCAUACAGCAGAUGGAUCGUCAACCUUCUCGGCGACGACAUGCCGACUCUAGGCACGAGACAUCUUUCCGCUAUCUGCAUCGACUUCCUACCCUACUGAUUUGUGCCAUGACGGUGUACGCAGCUCGCCGAUCACUCGAGACGAUUGCCUUUAGUCUCGUCGCAUUCGCCCACUCGCCCCCCGAGUCUCUGCUGUCUGUGACGCUCAUGGAAGCGGCAGCUCAAGCCGUUCGACGCUUCUCUCCGGCUUGCUCGAUUGACAGUGUCGACACUGUUGCUCAAGUCUCGGCGGACUACAUCGAGGAGAUGGUCGAGACCGCGCACCUGUGGGAGAUCUACUAUCGUGUGUACCGCCCUGUGCCUAAUAUCCAGACGAGCUGGAGCUCGCAACUGGCAAACGCUGGCAAGGGUGCAGGUCAAGAUCCACAAAACAAAGCAGUGCCCGACGAUCUUCCUGCGCCGCAGUCAGCUAGCGCUAUGGACUUCCUUGCCGACGCCGCCACGGCUCGGUCGCACGCUUCCACUGGGAAUGGAACCAUCGGCAUAGACCCGCUCAUCAGCCCGCAAGCAUCGAGAGAGACUCGAUCAUCUUUUGCAAGCACGGGUUCUCUGGAUGCUACGUGGACUGGACGCAGCAACGAUCCACCGUCGUCCCACAUGACCGCGGCUACCACGCCGAUGGCGAGCUCAGCUGGACUUCUCAACGCCAGCAUCUUUGAUGCGAACAUGCCUUUUGACCUGGAAGCUUUCCUGCGAGAUGUAGACCAGCUCUUCUGA